AUGGGUUAUGUAGAAUUUAUUAAAGUAUGGAAAACAUUUGAAGUACCAUCUAUUUGGAAUCGAUUACAAAAUCCAAUUACACAUCGUGAUAGUUAUUGGAUGAAUGAUUCACUACGCCUUACAAUGAUAAUGCCUUUUAUUUUAAUUCGUGCAAUUAAUUACAAACAUUAUAAGGACGAUUUUAUUACUAGAAUCAAAAAUGAUUUCUGUUUAAGCAAUAAGAUGCAAGUUCCGGGUAUUAUUAUUAACUGUUGGGUAAAAAUGGCUAAAGCUUGCAAAGCUAUUUUUAAAUCAUCAUAUAUAAUAGACGAAUCAUAUAAUGAUUAUAUAGCUUUAAGUGAAAUACUUGAAGAAAUAUCUAAUAUGCUAUUAAAGGUAUUCGGAUUAUCAUUUUCCAAACUUCCAAAUAUGCAUGUACUUCGGCAUUUACCUGAGAUUGCCGUUAAUUUUGGUACGAUGGUUAAUGUCUCAGUUGCAUUUAAAGAGGCAAUGCAUGGAUUGUACAAAAAACAUGUACCACAUACCAAUAAAAAAAAUAUUUCAAUGGAUCUUUCAAAGCGAGAUAAUACAUUACAAACUUUGCGAUACUUACUAGAUGGUGGAUUAGAUGAAAGUAAUAUAGGUCAAGAUCCACAUUUGUGCGGAUUAUUGAAUGAUUGGUAUAUCAAAACUUCCAAUUCUAAAGAAGAAAAUACUGGUAUUUUUUCUAUUCAUCCUGAUUUUGGAAAUAUUCGUGUUUAUGGAUUAUGGAAACUAUCUAAAAUUCAUAAGCUCGGUUUAUCUUCUACAAUUUCUGAAAAUAAUUUAUUAUUUGAUUUAACGAAAAUAUAUGAAGAUAUAUAUCAAAAUUAUGGUAUAAUUAUUCAACGUCAUAUAAAUUAUUAUGAUUUUAUUUAUUUUACUGUAUUACAUGAGAAUUAUUAUUCUAAUAUAACAUUACGAGUUGGUGAAGUAAUUGACGUAGAAGAAGAAGACAAUUCUAAUGAACAAUCAUACGCACUUAUACGAGCAAUCAUAUUACACCAGGAUGAUUAUGGACGGAUCAAUCCUUUUCUUCUAGUUGAUUGGUUUUAUAGAAGUGGUAAUGUUGAUUCAAUAACGGGUUUACCAAUUUAUUAUCUACAAGAAAGUAAUGAUUCUUUAUGGUCUCAUCUUCAUCUUUAA